AUCUCAUCCCAUCUCAUCUCUCUCGUCUCAUCUCAUCUCUCUCUCUCUCAUCUCUCUCUUCUCUUCUUCUAAUCUUCCAAUCUCAUCUCAUCUUAUCUCUCCCCUCUCUCCUGUCUCUAUCACCAUGAGUGACCUUCCAGACUACGUUCUCGACCCUAAUGCUGUCCUCAAGGACAAUGAAGCUGCCUGGCGUCUGGGCAGUCCACCGGAUUACUCCAAUACACGCAAAUUCUACGCAAAAAGCAAAACAAUGACCCACGAACCCGGCAGUCUCCCCUUCCUGGUUGAGAAUCUAGUCAAAAACUGGGAAAUCGAAGCCUCCUUCAAGACCGACCUGAAAGACUGGCGCACCAUCGAUCAGGAAGUGUAUACCUUUGCCAUGAACGGCGGUCCAGCACGAACAGGCCACCACAUGCUCGAGGUGGGCACGUACAACGCUCUCCUCACCGCGAGCCAGUAUUACGACCCUGCCCAUAACGACUUUGAAUCCUCACACAAGUCUUUUAAGCGGAUGAUGCCUACCUUUGCCUGGGAGGUGCUUGAGGUCUACUCUGGUCCCCCUGUUGUGGCCUUUCGCUGGAGACAUUGGGGGGAGAUGAAGCAUGACUAUGUGGGAUACAAUAGUUCUGGUGAAAAGGUCACUAUCGAGUCUCACGGUGGCCCGAUUGAUAUCCAAGGGAUUGUCGUCGCCAAGGUCAACGACAAACUUCAACUGCAGAAGAUUGAGGUCUGGUAUGAUCCGGUCGAGAUGUUCCGGCAGGUUGGCAAAGAGGCCACUGGCUGUCCUUUUGCAAAGGCCGAGUAG